AUUACCCCGUUUACCUGAUUAAGAUAGCGGUUAAACAGUAGGUGUGACCGGUAAACAUGGGAUGUUUACUCUUCUUAGACACCUGAUCCAAUCUUUCCUAUGUUUGCGCUACUCUUGAUUUUGUAUUAUAAGGAUUGUUAGUAUAUUUGAUUGAUUUUUGGUGAUAAUUGUAUCACAUAUCUACAUAUCUCUAGUGAAUCGAAACUAAAUCUGAGUAUGAAUAUUGAUGAAUAUGUUUAUAUUUAUACAAUGAAUCGAAACUAAAUCUAACUGAGUAUGAAUAUUGAUGAAUAUGCAUAUAUUUAUACAAUGAAUCGAAACUAAAUCUAAUUGUGUAUAAAUAUUGAUGAAAUUGUAAAUAUUUAUCCAUUGAAUCGAAAGUAGAUUUAAUUGAAUAUAAAUAUUGAUGAUUUGAAUCGAAACUAUAUCUAAUUGAAAAUGAAUAUUAAUGAAAACGUAUGCAGAAGUAGGACUAAUCAAAUUGAUGAGAUAGCAUUACCAUGCAAUAACAUAGGAAACACUGAGAGAUCCCAAGGAAACGGAGCGUUAAACUAAUGAAAAGUUGUUCAUUCGAGGCUACAAACUUGCAUUAAACACUCCAUAACAUGCAGAGCUUUAUAUAAUUUAGAAACAUUUUCACACUAUUUGCCAGUAACAUGUCGAAUUUUCAAACCAAUUUUGCAUGUCUGAUUUUGUCAUUACUUUCAGGGAUCGGAUAUGAGAUAGGUAUUUUUAAAACCAAAUUAACUUUUUAUAAGUCAGUAUACAAUCUGUACAUAUUUUAUCAAAUUUUGCAAUUAAGGAAAUCCAAUUUUCUUAGAAUGCAAUCUUUAUGACACACGAAAUCAAUUGAAUGUAGUCUUUUCUUCUAGGGAAUGUUCUGCACCAAAAGUUUUGUUUGAAAAAGAUAAUUUGAUAGAUGAACACAAUCUUUCUUGCUAUUCGCACAAGAUAGCACGUCGAGGGGACUCCGAUAAGCACAGAAUGCUGGGUUUGGGGACAGUUGCUCUGUACAUACUCCUUGUUGCAUCAUUACCAACAACUACACCGGAAACGGAAACAACGGAUUCCACCUCGAAUAGUACAGGAAGUAGAACGAUGACAGAUGUAUCAACCGUUGAGGUUACUGAUGUUACAGAGGAAUCAACCGUUGAGGUUACUGAUGUUACAGAUAAGACAACCGUUGAGGUUACUGAUGUUACAGAUAAGACAACCGUUGAGGUUACUGAUGUUACAGAUAAGACAACCGUUGAGGUUACUGAUGUUACAGAUAAGACAACCGUUGAGGUUACUGAUGCUACAGAGGAAUCAACCGCUGAGGUUACUGAUGUUACAGAGGAAUCAACCGUUGAGGUUACUGAUGGGGCACUAACUGAAAACACUCUAGGAACGACACCAGAUUUCCAGCCCCUUUCUGUGCCACUAUUUAACUCAUCUAUACUUGGUAACAUAACGGAGUUUCAUGUUGGCAUGGAGACAGUCGUCAUGGAAACAAUAACUUUACCGGAGGGAUGCUUUCCAGAAGUCUCAUUCGUCGCAGGCUUCCCAAGAGUGGAACAUGUUGACAUCAGGAGAAAAGAGUGUGUGUUUGGGAGGAAUGUAAAGAAAGAGCACUUUUGUAUCUCACAUCUCCACGCUUUUAAAUCGAACUCUUACGAACAGUGAGGCCCAAAAGAUACUUUCGUCCACACGCGGUGGGUACAAAUGCUUAUCGCUGCCCUCAUAUAUUGCCUAAAAGCCGAUUAGAAGACAUCAUAUAACCACCCAACUGCAGGGAAACAU